AUGUCGCUCGCUAUGAAACUUCAGUUUGGGUAUAAAAUUAUUCAUUUCCUUCGAGAAUUGAACGAUGGAGCGAGAUUCCAACGGGGACGCGAGAUUCACUCGACAACGCGAGAUUCUGGCGAGGUUGUCUAUGGAAACGUUGCGCCCACCUGUACACCGGACUUCGUUACUGUUGGCAUACCUGAAGAUACAGCAGUGACAUCACCUGUGGCGUCUCCGACCUGCACGGAUGGGGACGCCGGGGCUGACGGGACGAUGACGUUCUCGUUUACGUCAGGUAAUACCGGAGGGGAAUUCCUCAUUAAUGGUGCCUCAGGUGCAGUCACCCUAAACAGCGCCCUGGAUUACGAAACGAAGGUGACGUACACACUUGAAAUCAGAGUGGCUGACGGUGGAGUUCCUCCCUUGGAUACCACCUUCACCGUGUACGUACAAGUGACGCCGGUGAACGAAUUCGACCCUGUGAUAACUUCUCCGAACCCAGUUAUUAGUAACGUGAAGGAGUCCUCGCUGGGUGUGAUCAUCACGACUGUGGCUGCUACGGACGACGACGAUGGCAGAGAUGGUGAACUGAGAUACGAUAUCACAGAUGGCAAUGAUGGGAAGUUCCAUAUCGACUCCAUCACUGGGGGCCUGUACGCUAUUCAACCUUUGGACUACGAAACGACCAAAUCCUACAGCCUGGAAGUGGAGGUCGUGGACCUGAGCCAGACUGCGCCGAGAACUGCCACCACCACGGUGACCAUCAAUUUGAAAAAUGUCAACGAAUUUUAUCCCACUUGUGCAGCGUUGUUGUACACAGAGAUGAAGGAAGAUAGUGACAUGAACAGGAGACAUGGCAUCGUAGCCAGAGUGGGAGAAACUUGUUCAGACCCAGACGAUGACGGGUCUCGGCGAUAUCCAUUUACUUACCGAAGAAGGUCCAUAAAUGAUUAUCUGAUGUUCAACAUGCAUUCAUAUGGUAAUUUUCGCCUGUCUGUGGAAAUUGACCCGGACACUGAGAAAAAUGUCUACUAUCAAGAAGUUUAUGUCACCGAAUUUGGCAUAUCUCCAAAGUUAUGGAUCCGUGUUGGUGUUGUUCUAAAAAUGAUUGGCGUGGAUGACAACCCAACGAUCUGGCCAUCCUUACUUAUGGACUUGGAAUUGUCCGAGAAUCAAGCGCCUGGCCAGAAUGUCCUGAUGACCUUGCAAGCCACGGACGGGGAUCCACCAAACACCCCCGAAGGUCAUCUUGAAUAUGGAUUGGCCAGUCAGCCAAAUCCGGAACAGUUUAUUGUGCACCCCGAUGGCAACCUAUAUCUAAUAAAGCCGUUGGACAGAGAAACAGAUGCCACUAUUGUGCUCAAUGUUCAUGUCGUCACAAAGUAUAAACCUUCUGACUUGAUUCCGGCCACCAUCACCAUUACUGUCACCGAUAUAAACGACAAUGUGCCGUCUUUUGAUCAGCCUAUGUAUUAUGCGUCUGUCGCAGAAGGUACUGACUACAGUGUAACACCAAUCGCCACUGUUGUUGCCUCGGAUCCGGAUCUCGGACUGAAUGGAACAGUCACAUACAAUAUAAUAGGUGGGAAUCCAAGUGGAUUGUUUGUAAUUGACAUGAACUCAGGCGUUGUAACUACACCGCUUCCACUAGACUAUGACAGUAUGCAGAAAUCAUUCCAGUUGACGAUCCAAGCAGAAGACGGCGGAUCGCCUGCGUUGAGCUCGACUAUUCUGCUGAUCGUUGACAUCGAACCUGUAAACGAGGACGACCCUGUGAUAUACGGUAGUUUGGAUGCUACUGUCAGCGAAGGAGAUGGACAUGGAGUGGUGGUAUUCAUCUUUAAUGUGAGCGACCUUGACGCCGGUCCUGAUGGCAUGAUUUCCUUCACUGGACUCACAGACCUCUACCCGUUUGCACUGAACCGAGAUAGUGGGGAGAUCACUUUAGUUGGCCCUGUAGAUAGGGAGAUAACGCCAGCCUACAACCUUGAGAUUUUGGUGUCCGACAAGUCUCAAUCAUCGCCUCGGUCUGUCACCACGACGGUUAGCGUUACAUUGGUGGACGAAAAUGACAACAGCCCAGUGUGUGACCCUGUGGUACACGUCGAGAUAUCCACUCUAGAUGGGGCUGGAUCCGAGGUUGUGCAGCUUAACUGUGAUGACGCGGACAUUGGAGCCAAUGGUGACUUAGAUUACGUCAUUGUAUCAGGGAAUGACAAUGGUGAUCUAACAGUGGACACGAAUGGCAAGGUGGUUCUGGUCAAGCCGGCCGGCCUUCAGAAAUACACAGUCGACAUUACUGUACAAGAUAAAGGAUCUCCGGCAUUAAAUACUUCUGUGACUCUGUUGAUAGACGUCACCGUUCACCCUUUGGUAACCAAUCUUCCAGCAGUGUUAAAUAUUCCUGAAAACACCUCAGUUUCGACUUUUCUCUUUCAAAUUAACAGCACUUCGAUAGAACCAUUAUAUUAUGAUCUCAUUUCUGUGAAUGAAGCUGGAUAUUUUGUCCUCGGGCGCUCCACAGGUAAACUAUAUUUGGCAAAUGCCUUAGACAAAGAAACUCUUGAUUACUUUUACAUGGUGGUACAAGUCAUUCACGCCCGGACUGGCCUUUCUACCUAUGGUAAUAUAACCAUAAUUGUGGACGACGUGAACGACCACUCACCUACCUUUAGCAACAGCUUCAACAACAUCAAAGUUACCGAAAAUAUAGCUUUAGGUACAGAAAUUAUAGAUCUGGACGUAUCAGAUUUGGACAAAGAUGCCAUAAAUAGACAGAUUUCUUAUACAAUCAAAUCAGGAAAUUCAGGCGGUAAGUUUGCCAUAGACAUAAAUGGUAAACUAACAGUGAACGGAUUAUUGAAUUAUGAGGAAAAGUCAUUGUAUCAACUUGAAAUUGAAGCCAAUGACAAUGCCCCGUUGGGGAGCCUUAUUGCAAUAACAAAGGUUAUAGUUGAAGUUGUAAAUCAAGACGAAUUUCCUGCAGUCUUCAACUUUUCUGCAUCAAACAACACUGUGUGGAUUGCAGAAGACUUUGCAAUUGCUGGCGUGAUCCUGGAGCUCAAUGCAACGGAUCUUGAUGGAAAUAUCAUCGUUUACGAUUUCCUAUCCGCCGAUACCUCUGUAUUUGAGAUAGAUGCAAGGGGAAGAAUUUAUCUUGUGAAGUCUCUUGACAGAGAAGUUCUUGACAACUAUGACCUUGUAGUGAGGGCGAGUAAUCCAACAGGGCUGUCUUCCACUGCUACAGUGAAAAUCAUAGUAACUGAUGUCAAUGAUAACGAGCCUCAGUUCGGGUCGUCCGUUUCUGCCACGGAUGUUUUGGAGUCUUCUCCAGUGGGUACAACCCUUAUCAACCUCACGUGUUCAGAUCGAGACAUACAGGACAACGCAAAACUUACCUUUACAAUAAUUGCUGGAAACGGUGCUGGCCACUUUCGAUUGGACGGACUUCAACUCGUUACAAAUGAUGCUUUGAACUUUGACAGGGAAUCCCAUUAUAAGCUAGUGGUUGAAGCUGUAGACCAAGGGAUUCCUUCCAGAUCAGCAACCACGGUGAUCACGGUGCAAGUUCUUCAAACAGCCAUCCCACCAAAUUUUUUGCCAAACAUUGAUACUGUUUCAGUUUUUGAGAACACUGCGGCUGGAACGGAAUUUUACGAUGCAGAUGCAACAUCCCUUGGAGCACAUGAAGACGCCAACGGAACAAUCCAAUACAGUAUUCUGUCUGGAAAUAGUGCUGACACAUUUGCCAUCGCCCUUGAUUCUGGGAAAAUAGUUCUUACAGGACCAGUAGAUGCAGACAACGGCAUUGACAGCUACCAACUUGUUAUUCAAGCUGUCAGCAAACUGGAUUCGUCGUUAACAGACACGUUAAUUUUGAACGUUACAAUAGAUGAUGUAAAUGAUAACAAACCCGUGUUCUCGCAGACACAAUACACCGAUGUUGUUGUAGACGGAAGUACGACUGGUACUUCUGUGUUGACAGUUAUUGCUACAGAUGUAGACAGAGGAAUGAACAGCCAGAUAUCGUAUUCUCUGAGUGGCAUCAGAAGUGCAGAUUUUACCAUAAGUUCUGUUGGCGAAGUUGUAGUGGCAAACACAAUAGAUUUUAACUUUAGAGACAGGUACACUUUAACUGUCCACGCUACAGACGCGGGAGUUCCAGCCUUGACGGCAGAAGCAAUCUUGAUACUAACAGUUCAUUCAGAUCAGAACACUGCGCCAUCAUUUUCUUCAUCAUCAGUUAGAGUUUCGAUAGCUGAGGACAUAGGGGUCGGAACGCUUGUAUCCAAGCUUGUGGCAACAGACCCUGAUUCUGGGGCUAACGGAAACCUGGUUUAUAACAUAAUGGCAGGAGACCCAGCCGGAAUGUUUGGCAUUGGGUUGUCUGAUGGUGCCGUAGAUGUUUUCCAGGCUCUGGACAGAGAAACACAAGACUUCUAUCAGUUGCAAAUUACAUGUGCUGAUAGGGGAACACCAUCUUUGUCAGCGACAAUUUAUCUUAACAUAAACAUAACGGAUGUAAACGACAACAACCCGUUGUUUGUGCCAACGUCUUAUUCAGCGUCCACAACUUCAGAUGUUAACGUUGGUUAUCAGGUUGGCCAAGUUACUGCUUCUGAUAUAGAUCUUGGAUUUAACGCGGUUAUUACUUAUUCCAUCAUCUCUGGUAACGGAGGCAAUCUGUUUGCCAUCGACCCGUACACCGGUGUGGUAUCCAUCAACGGUGAUCUUGCAGCUGCGCUAGGAAGCCACAUUCUUACCAUACAGGCAAAAGACUCUGGAACAUCGCCUGGCUUAUCCACGACAACAUUUACUGUGACUGUCACAAACACCCCUAAUUACUCCUUUAAAGUACUGGAGAACCAGGCUUCUGGUACUCUCGUGGGAUCAUUGACGGAACCAGGUUCGGUGACGUACACUGUUGUUUCCGGAGAUGUAGCUCGAGAGUUCUACAUAUCUAGUCCAUCAGGGGAGAUAAGAACAAGCACUCCUUUGGACAGAGAGCAAGUACCUGUGUAUACGCUGACCGUACUUGUAGAGGAAAUUGCAAACCCAGCAAACUGGUACAAUCUGUUAGUCACCGUUACUGUUGACGACGACAAUGACCACGAUCCAGUUUUUAGUCAAAGUAGCUACACCGUCCAAGUUAUGGAAGGCUCACCAACAGAUUUUAGUGUAUUCAGGAUCCCAGUAUCAGACGGCGACGAAGGUCCAAAUGCAAACAUCGACCUGGUCAUUGUGGAUGGGAUAAGCGACGCUGUCUUCAAAGUAUCCGAUGCCACUGGAGAGGUUUUUGUAAAGACGCCGCCAAAAUACGCAGACAGAACGUCCUAUGACGUCCAGAUCCGUGCUAUAGACGGCGGUGCACCUCCCAGAUCAAGUGAUACCGUUGUUCGAGUUCGUAUCAUCGAGUCCCUUUCGGUGCAGUCAUCCGUCUGCGGCGUCGGGGAGGCUCUUUUCCUGAGUUUAGAGUGUUCUUCCGCUGAUACAUCUGGACGCGUCCUAUACACCCUGACGAGACACAUGUUUAAUUUCAACUCUUCCAAUAUAACGAAUGUUGAAUUUUUCACCUUGCAAACAAGCAAUUCACCUUUCCUUGUUGACAAGGUAACCGGAGAAUUACGGGUAUCGAACGAUGGCCUGAUAUUCACAGAGUCGAAAUACAUUUUCUGGGUUGUAGCCAAUGCUUUUUACACUGACGGAAGCAAAGAAUCCAGACAAGGCAUGGUUAGAGUAGACACAUUUGAUCCGUCUGUCAACAUCAUUGAAGUAACCCUCAAAGUACCUAACACUGAUCUGUCAGCAAAUGGGACUAGUACGGUGCUCGUAUAUGGCGUCCGGUCAACAAGUACAGAUUCACUGACCAACCUGAACAGCGCCAAGCCUUUUAUGAGCGAAGGGGAACUUCUCGCGCUCUACCAGGCCGUCUCUGACGGGACCCCGGUGCCACCUCUAACAACCGGAAAUGGUACGGUCCUGUCCGUGAUGGGAUACUUCGUGGAACCGAAAGCCGCCGAAGUGUGGCAUGAAACCACGACUGGAAUUGCUAUCAUCGCCAUCGUCUGCAUUUGCAUUUUCAUCUUGAUUCUUGCUAUUGUGCUGUAUGUUCUCUGCACUAGGUCGAGCAAAAAGAAGUAA